GUUUGUCUCCUCAUGAUUUCUGGACUGAAAACAGUUUGAAAGAUGUUUUCAACUAUGUUGUUCUGUUUGUGUUUCUGGCAUCUGGAUGGUGUGUUUGUUGAAGAAGUGAUGGAGGGAGAUUCAAUCACACUGAACUCUUAUACUGAAAUGGUGGACGAUGAUGUGAUACAGUGGAGUUUUGGACGUGCAAACACUUUAAUAGCUGCAAUCAAUAAACGGACCGACAGCAUGACUGUAUAUAAUGAUGUUGUUGACGGGAGAUUCAGAAACAGACUGAAGUUGGACAAACUAACUGGAUCUCUGAUCAUCACAAACAUCACAAUGGAACAUGCUGGACGUUAUAAACUACAGAUCUUCUAUUUAGAGAUUGAUUACAUUCUCACUGUCUAUGCUCGUCUGCCUGUUCUUGUCAUCAGCAGCAACUCUUCAAACUGUUCUUCAUCAUCAUCAUAUUGUUCAUUGGUGUGUUCAGUGGUGAAUGUGAGUGAUGUGACUCUCUCCUGGUACAAAGGAAACAGUUUAUUGUCCAACAUCAGUGUGUCUGAUCUCAGCAUCAGUCUCUCUCUACCUCUGGAGGUGGAAUAUCAGGAUAAAAACACCUACAGCUGUGUGAUCAACAAUCCCAUCAGCAACCAGACUCAACAUCUGGACAUCAGCAAACUCUGUCACACAUGUUCAGCUCAUCUCCCUGUUCCUGUCAUCAGCAGUAACUCUUCAAAAUGUUCAUCAUUAUCAUAUUGUUCAUUGGUGUGUUCAGUGGUGAAUGUGGGUAAUGUGACUCUCUCCUGGCACAAAGGAAACAGUUUAUUGUCCAGCAUCAGUGUGUCUGAUCUCAGCAUCCGUCUCUCUCUACCUCUAGAGGUGAAAUAUCAUGAUAAAAACACCUACAGCUGCGUGAUAAACAAUCCCAUCAGCAACCAGACUCAACAUCUGGACAUCAGCAUCUGUCACACAUGUUCAGACUCUGUCCACUGUUGUGGUUCUACUGAAGCUGUGAUCCGAUUGGUCCUCUCUGCUCUAGUGGGUGUGGCUACUGUCAUUCUUCUGGUUUAUGACAUCAGAUCCAGAAGAGCUGAACAAGAUCAAGCACAUAUUCACACAUCAGAAACCUAAAUGAUGUAAUUUCUCAUACAACUAUUUUACAUUUAUCAUUUAAUAAUCUUAUUUUUACAGGCUUAUUUUUAUAUUCAUCUGCUGGUAUUGAUGUGGCUCAUUUUUAAAUGCUCAUAUAUUCAAUAUAUAUUCAAUAUAUUCAAGUAUUAAAUGUAAGUGUUUGUCAUAAAUAAUGAUGAUGCUCACAUUAGAUUCAGUACAGCAAGCUUUCCUUCUUUCUUUCUUUAUUUUUUUGUAAUAUACAUGCAAUGUAGUCUUUCAUGUUUGAUUUAGUGGUUUAAUGGCUUUUAAAAUGUAUCUGUCUUUCAGUGUUAUUAUUGUACAGAUUCAGUUUGAAGGCUUUGUUUAUAUGUCUUUUAGAUAAAAGAUCCUGCUUUUCUGUCCAUUUGCCAUCUGUAUUUUCCUUUAUCAAUUGAACUCUGAAGUUCAAAUCUCUCCAUGUUUUAUUACAUUCAUUAUGUCGAGUGCCUUCUGAUGGAAUACAAAGCUUCAGCAAU